UAACUGCCGUAAAACACGAGAAGAAGAAAAGAAGAAGAAGGAAAAAUAGGACUAGAAUGUGUCUCCAUAGCGACCAUCAAUGGUCGACGCGAAUGGCCACCUAGCCCAGAUACAACAACGACGGGAAACAACAUCUUUAUCAGCCCCCUUGUGGAGGAACCCGUGCAUAUUCUUCUUUAAUUUGCGCUUAAAAUGUCCUUCAGAGACUUAAGAAAUUUUACAGAAACGAUGAGGGCCUUGGGCUAUCCUCGGUUGAUAUCCAUGGAAAACUUCAAAACACCAAACUUCACUUUAGUGGCAGAAAUCCUCAUAUGGCUUGUAAAGAGAUUUGAGCCUCAGAUGGACAUUCCCACAGAUGUUGAUACAGAGUCAGACAGAAUAUUUUUCAUCAAGGCAGUGGCCCAGUUUAUGGUAACAAAGGCUCACAUUAAGUUGAACACAAAGCGCCUCUACCAGGCUGAUGGCUACGCAGUGAAAGAGAUGCUGAAGAUUACUUCAGUACUGUACAGCGCUAUGAAAACCAAGCAGUUGGCUCUGACAGACACAGCUGAGGAGGACAACAGCAAGUUCAAGUUUGAUCUCGGAUCACGGAUUUCAGAUCUCAAAGCAGCUCGGCAGCUAGCAUCUGAGGUCACAUCUAAAGGAGCAUCUCUGUAUGAUUUGCUGGGAAAAGAAGUGGAUCUAAGGGAAAUGAGAACUGCGUCCAUCGCCAGACCUCUGGAGAUCAAUGAAACUGAAAAGGCCCUAAGAGCUGCCAUCAAGGAGGUUUUGGUAAGUGUGGAGAAGACAAACAACAUGCUGAGUAACGUUGUUUCUGAUGAAACCAGUCUGGACGCGAAGAUAGAAAAGAAGAAACAGGAGCAGGAGAGAAAUCGGAAGAGGCUCCAGACGCUGCAGAGUGUCAGGCCGGCCUUCAUGGAUGAAUAUGAGAAGAUUGAGGAAGAUCUGCAGAAGCAAUAUGAAAUCUUUGUGGAGAAGUUCAGAAACCUCUGCUUCCUGGAGUCUCAGCUGGAUGAAUACCAUAGAAUGGAGCAGGAGAGAUUUGAGGAGGCUGAAAACACACUUAGGAUGAUGCAGCAUGCGUUGAAGGAGGAGGAGGAAAGGGAUCUGACCAAAAGCUCUUUAAAAGACGAUGAUUCUGACAUGGACGUUCCAGAGGACGAGGAUUCAGACAGCGACAUAGAAGAGUGUCGACCUACCAAGCCACGGCCCACACGAAAUGGCAUCCUGGCAGGUAGAGGAGCUCGGUUCAUCGGAAACAUGCAGGGCGGUGAUAGUGAUGAGACUGAAGACAGUGAGAUUGAUGUGGACGAGGAUGACGAGGAAGAUGAAGGCGAGGAGGAGAGCAAAGAUUUGGAGGAUGACAGUCUGGAGGGCCCAGUGUCCAGGGGUGCCCGUCCAUCUAAGGGGGGCAUAAGACCAACUUUACUGGAGGAGAGUGACAAUGACUUCUGAAAGAACACAGAUGAGCUGCAGCUGUUUCUGUCCACCAGCUUAGAUUAAAUCAUCCAAUUGCUUCUGAGAGAUAUGCGUUAACCAUUAUGUUACCAGCAUGUCAUUUGGCAAUGUAAAAAUCCAUGUAGUUUCUUUUUCUGAAAUAUUUCUGAAAACUUUACCAUAAUAAAAUCUAUUUUGUUGAAUAUAUGAGAUAUGAAAUAUAUCAAAGUUGAAUAAGAGCAGAAUAAAAGUGUGUGUCAAUUA